AACAUUUUAUGAUGAUAUGGUUGAAUCUUUUUUGAAUAAUCCUACAACUUGGUAUCUUGUUAAUACAAAACUACCACCUUAUGUCCAUGGCAUUACUAUUCUCGCCUGCUCUUCAAAUAAAACAUAUUACAAAGAAUUUUGCAAAAUGUUAAAGUUAACAAUAAGAUACAUGCCUAUUUGGAGUUGGAAUGAAAUUGUAAAAUGUCAAAAUCUACUUUAUACUGAUAUUAUUGGUAGUGAGUUGGUAAAAUGUUACAAUCAUUGGAGUGGUAUUCCAAGAUUUGUAUUGGAGAAAGCUGGAGAUCCAUCACAGAAUCUGUUAUUAAAACAAGCAAUAGUAAGCAUUAGUUUAGAAAAAUGCUUACAAAGUAUUAGUAAACUUGAUAGUAAAGAAGACACUAGCUAUCGGAUUCUCCAUAUAACCACCUCUGAUUAUAUAUACACAAUAAUACAAUUUGCAACUAUCUAUAUUGCUGAAAAGAUUGUUGCUUAUUUUGUUUAA